ACAGAAGGUGGGUGAGUGGCUGAGUGUCUAGUUUUUUCUGCAGUUCCUUGCUAGCAGCUGUCCUGCGCGCGUGCGCGUUGUCGACCUGGAAAUUUGUCUGCUACUCGUGACAGAAUUUGGUAGAUUUCACAACCGUAAUUUCUGUAAUGGAGAAAAGCAUUGUGAGUGACUGCUCCCCUGCGACUGGUAGCCAGGAUUUUGAUGUUUUCAGUGCUAUGGAUUGGAAGGAUGGAAUAGCUACACUUCCAGGGAGUGAUUUAAAGUUCAGAAUAAAUGAAUUUGGUGCAUUGGAGAUCAUCACAGAUGAAACCGAAGUCGAUAGGAUAAAGAAGGCAACUGCAACAACAACAUGGAGUGUGCCCACUGCACAGGAAGUUUUAUCUAGAAAUUCCAUUCCAUCAAAUGUGGAAGAGCCACCCAGUAUGGAAGGCAUACUUUGCUGUGAGAAUUGUGGUCAUUAUGGGAUGACUGAAGAGUUUAGUCAUGGAAGUAAAUUUUGUAGUGAAAAAUGUAUGCAGCAAGCAAAAGAAAAGGUGUCUAUGUUGAAAAAGGAACUACCAACAUGCAAUAGUGAAGAAGUUUCUAAAUACAAUCGGAAAAAAAGACAAAAGCCAGCUCUGCCUUUAAAAGGAGAUGUGAAAGAAAAUGGAGAGAUGUUGAAGGAAGAGGAGGAAGACAUUCUCAUCAAAGACCAGGGAUACAACAUGAGAUAUUCCCAGAGAAACGCUGUGAGUUGUCGGGGAGUUCUGCCAUCUACCAAAUGUGAAGAGAAACCAGGAGAGCUGAAGAUGCUGAAAGUAACUCAGAACAAUCAAGCUCGAGCUCGGAGAAAAAGAAAAUGUGACUCUGGAUUAUUAAAACAAACUUUAACUUUUGGAGGAAAGAGAAAAACCUGGUGUUGGGCUUCUUAUUUGGAAGAGGAGAAAGCUGUGGCAGCACCUACAAAGCUUUUUAGAGAGUAUCAAUCAUUUCCACAGAGUAAAAAUGGAUUUAAAGUUGGAAUGAAACUUGAAGGAGUUGACCCAGAACAUCCAUCCAUGUACUGUGUUCUUACUGUGGCUGAGGUGUGUGGCUACAGAAUAAGGCUCCACUUUGACAAAUACCCUGAUUGCUAUGACUUCUGGGUAAAUGCAGACUCACCAGACAUUCACCCUGUGGGAUGGUGUGAGAAAACUGGACAUAAGCUUAAUCCUCCCAGAGGCUACAGAGAAGAUGAGUUUAACUGGCCAUUAUACCUGAAGAUGUGCAAGGCUCAAGCUGUGCCCAAGUCUCUGUUUGAAAACCAAAACACGACAAUUACACCGUUGGGCUUUCGAUUAGGUAUGAAACUGGAAGCUGUCGAUAAAAAGAAUCCAGAAUUUAUUUGUGUGGCAACAGUAUCCGAUAUGGUUGAUAAUCGUUUCCUGGUGCAUUUUGACAACUGGGAUGAAAGUUAUGACUACUGGUGUGAUGCCACUAGUCCGUACAUUCACCCAGUUGGAUGGUGCCAGCAGCACGGGAAAAUCCUUACAACCCCUCCAGAUUAUCAUGAUCCUAAACACUUUUCAUGGGAGAAGUACUUAGAAGAAACAAACUCUCUUCCUGCACCUGCACGGGCUUUUAAAUCUCGGCCUGCGCAUGGAUUUCUACCAAACAUGAAAUUUGAGGUCGUUGACAAACGGAAUCCAAUGCUUAUCAGAGUCGCAUCAGUCAUAGACACAGAUGAUCACCGAGUAAUGAUACAUUUUGAUGGAUGGAACCAUGAUUAUGAUUACUGGAUUGAUGCUGACAGUGCUGAUAUCCACCCUGCAGGCUGGUGUGCUAAAACUGGUCACCCUCUUCAACCACCUAUCAGCCCAUUGGAUCUGGUGGAAGCUUCAGAACAAGGAGGAUGCCCUACUCCAGGUUGUAAAGGCAUCGGCCACAUAAAAGGAGUGAAACAUUCUGGCCACCACAGUGCAUUAGGUUGCCCAUACUCUGAGAUCAACCUCAACAGAGAAAAUGUGCUGCAGGAUCGAUUGAAUGGAGAAAUGCCAGUCUCAAGUCCUGGUAUACCAAGGAACAAGAAGGUGGAAGCAGAUGGAGUAGAAACAAUCCCAUGUUCAUCUACCAUCACAUCUCAAGGAAAAUGCUCAAAGGACAAUUGGCUCACAGAAGUAGCUAUUGAAGGAAAAAGGAGUGCUGAGGAUUCUGUCUCUGAUGAAGAAUCACCAUGCAAAAAAUCCUUUUUGUUUGCUAGCAAAGGAAGAAAAUAUCCCAGAGCGGGAAGACCAUUGAAGCAUCCAAGGUUAAAGGAGGAAGAUGAUAUCACAAAUAAAGUUAACUGGCAAAAUGAAAACAAGGAAAAUGAUGAUUUCAGCCUGCAGCAGGCAUUGCACCAGUCAGUGUUUAUGUCCUCUGCAUGCCCUGUGCCUAGUCUGCCUCUCUGCUGGGAACAACACAGCAAACUGUUGCCUGGAGUUGCUGGCAUCACUGCCAGAAAAGUAGCAAAAUGGACUAUUGAUCAGGUAUCUGAAUUUAUACUGAGUUUGCCAGGUUGUGAAGAACAAGCCAAAGCAUUUAAGCACGAGCAAAUUGAUGGAGAAGCAUUUCUACUACUGACUCAGACAGAUAUUGUGAAAAUAAUGAGCAUUAAACUAGGACCAGCUCUGAAAAUCUACAAUUCGAUCCUUAUGUUUAAAACUGCAGAGGAAAAUGGACAGAAUGAGCUUUGAAACAACUGGAGGUACAGCACCACAGCUGUAGAUCAACUGCUUCUUAAUUAAAACUCAUCUUUACUUCAAAGCACAAGAACUCUAUAAUAGAAUGGACUUCCAAAACAAUACUACUGGAAUAUUUACUGUUGACUUGGCAGACUCGUUUAGAGUACUUGCAUGUUCAGCAGUGCUAAAAAUUGAGCUCAUCUCCCAUCCAUUUCCUCAGGACUUAAUUAUGCAAAUACCUGCCCAAGUAAUAGACCUUGGUAUUGUAUAUUUAAAUAUGGCUGAAGGGUUUCUUUCAAGAACUGGACAUUUUAAUGUAUCAGACACUAAAAUGGAUUAAUUGUGUUAAUUUUUUUUCCUCUUUGUUUGCAGUGGAAUGAUUUGGUUUUGUUGGUUGUGUAUAGAAUUGUUUGAUAAAUUGCAGUAAUAUCUGGUAAUGUAACAUUUCAUUUUCCAAAAUAAUGAAAUGUACAUAAGGAUAUAUAUUUUCAAAAUUUAGCAUAGCUGGAUUUAAUUUAACUAUUUGAUUGUAUGCAUCUUAAUUUAAUAUCCAAAGUAUCCAGGAAGAUCUAAUUAAUUAAGACACAAUUGGCCUUCUCAAUUUUAAUUACAAUGUUCUUUGGUUUAUUAAGUAUUGUGUUAAUGCUUGAUAAAAUAACCAUUUGUGUAAAUCACAUAAAUUAAAGGAUGAAUGAACUGCAGGUAAAGUCAAACCUUGUGACAAACUUGCAUCAGAAAAUAUUGAGACAGAUCCUCUGCACACUGGACACUUACUGGACUGGAGCAACAGAAGGAAAAGUUAGCAUGCCCAGAUCAAUAUAUUAAUAAUUUCCGGUAAGUGACCGGAGAAUUAGGAUUGUUACCCCAACAUUCCCAGUAAGUUUACCUUUUCAUUUAAACAACUCAAUUGAUUCUACACAUUCAACCAACAGGAACCAUGCAUUCCAUAUCCUGACAAUCCUUUGUGAAAUCAUCAUCCUGGAUUUGCCUUUAAAUACUUUUUUUCAGAUCAAAAGUAACUAACCUAGUUGUAAUGUAAUUUAAAUUAUAGCCAUGAGUUGAACAUGUUGUGCAAUAAUAGUUUCGAUUUGAGCUAGACUGGUUGUUAAUAAUGGGAGGUUUGCUGUUGAACUUUGCAAUACCAGAACACAUUAUUGUUAUGUAGUGCCUUUUAAGUUAGCAAUUUGUCACAAGGCACUUCACAGGAAUCUUGCCAUAUUACAGUAACUUCAAGUCACAAGAUAUUCAGGCAGAUUGCCAAAGCUAGUUCAUUUUUAAGAAGCUUCUUCAAAAGAAAAGUAAUGAGGCAGAGAGGCCUAGGGUGGGAGUUCCAGAGCUUGUGUGUGCUGUUGAAGACACCAUUGCUGAUGAGGGAGCGAUUAAAUUUUCAAAUGAUUGAAAGGGUUGUAGAGCGGGAGAUUACAAGGAUGAUGUCACAGAGGGAUCUGCAAGCAAGGAUGAGAAUUUUUAAAAUUGAGGCAAUGCGUAACCGGAAGCAAGUGUAUGUCUGCAAGCACAGUGUUUGAAGUGUGCACAGAACUUGUAUAGGUUAGUAUAUGGGUAGCAGAGUUUUCAAUAUUCUCAAGUUUAUACAGAUCACAACAAGAGGUCAGCCAGGACUACACUAAAAUCUAGAGGCAGUAACAGGUUAAGUGAUUUAUAGCAGGAGAUGAACUGGAAUGGGAGUGGACUUGUGUAAUCUGAUAGAGUUCGACAUGGGUGUUGUUAAUGGUGACAUGUACGUGAUUUAAUGUGGUACGAAGAUGCAAACAGUCUGGUUCUGUUUCAGUUAGAUGCCAGAGAUUCGGGUGCAAUCCAGUGGCAAAGGAACUGAGUUUGCAGUAGUCACCAAAGAUAAUGCCUUCAGUCUUCAUAAUAUUUAGCUAGAGAUUUUCCCUUUUCUAUGGUGCUGCACAUUUGACAAACAGGCCAAAAAUUUGAAGGGAUAUGGGGUGUCAUUAUAGGGCUAAAUGUUUGGACGUUGCUUUUGAACCUCAAAAGACUGCAGGUGCUGGAAAUCUGAAAUAAAAAUAGGAAAUGCUCCGCAGGUCGGGCAGCAUCACUGAAGAGGGAAGCAGACUUAAUGUUUUAGACUGACGAUCUCAGUUCGGGUGAAAGUUCAUUGACCUGAAACAUUAACUCUGCUUCUUGAUCAAUAGAUGCUGCCUGAUCUGCUGAGUAUUUCCAGCAUUUUCUAUUUUAGUUGCAGAUGAUUUUAUAAAUCUCUUUAAGGCAGAAACGGGACUGUUUCAAUUGCAUCUUACUGCCCAUUUUUUUAAAAAAUCAGAUUCUUGUUCUUUUUGGUCUGAAAAAUUAGUAGCCCAUUUUAGCAAACAUAAACCCACUUCCAUUUCCACGAUCAACACCACUGACUGAAAACAUUAAGAUUGACAGUUCACUCAUCCUUAAACAGAUGCUCCAUUAUUCUUUGAAACUUAAAGGUUUGCUGUGAGAAGUAAUCAAUGCAAAAAAAUUUGGCAACAUUAGCUAACUCAAAUGGUACCGUUUAAGGCCUUUGCACUACAGCACAGUAGGUUUUAAUGGCAGAUAAAUUACCUCAGAGCAGAUUUCAUUCAUAUUAUCCUUUAUCUUAUGUGGGAAACUGUGUGCUAUCCUUUUACUGAAACAAA